AUGGCCCCUCACGCUGAUGCCAACGAGUGGGCCAACAUCAAGCCCGAUAUCGUCACUGUCGGCAAGGCUAUCUCUAGAGGUCUGUAUCCAGUCAGAGGUGUUCUUAGCAGCAAGGAUACCAUGUUGGUUGUUGAGCCUGGCACCCACGGUUCGACCCAUGGUGGUAAUCCCUUGGGAUGUGCCGUCUCUACCCUUGCCCUGGAGGUUAUGGAAGACGAAGACUUGACAGGUAUCGAGGCUCUCAACAGCCCUAUUAUCAAGACUGUUCGAGGAAAGGGUCUACUGAAUGCCACAGUUAUGGACGAGUCCGCCGCGAAUGGGCGGACGGUUUGGGGCCUGUGCCUACUCCUCAAGAGCAAGGGUAUAUUGGCCAAACCCACUCACGGAGACAUCAUCCGAUUCGCUCCUCCGUUGGCCAUCUCGGAGGCUGGGCUGCAAAAGGCCUCAGCAUAAUUGCCGCAGCGAUCAUGGAGCCGCCAACUGACUGUUCAGAAGACUGAGAGUCACUAAACGAAACCUCGUUUUCUACUUAAGACCGCGCGGGCCCAUUGAAUGGGGCAGUAAACCGAAUAGAACAAAAUGUGGUUCCUUCAGGGACAUCACCAGGGUAGGAAGUACCUUCACAAUUAUGAUGAUGACAUCAACGACCGAAGUGCUGAGCCUAUCGUCUUAUCAAUCCGCCAUGAAUGUCUUUAUUAGAUAGAUUGGAUUUUACCACAGAACGUGAGUGGUAGAGGACUUGGAGGACGACUAGUCACGAACAUCUCUUGUGGGAGCGGGAUUAAAAAGAUGUCAAGAAAGGAUAAAUGGAGUAUAUAAACCGAAUAGGCUAUUUCUAUUGCUUCAGAAAUAUAGAUCUCUAG